AUGGAGAAACUCCGGCUGGGCGUCUUGGCUCUCAUCGUGAUCAACAAGGCUGGUGGUCUCAUCUACAACCGGACCUUUGGAGAAGGCCUGAAUCAGCUGAACACCAAUGACUACCUCGUCCUUGCUGGCACAUUUCACGGAGUCCACGCCAUCACAGCCCGGCUGAACCCAUUCAAGGGUCAACAAUACCAGCAGCACACGCUGUCAAGCACAGGAGAGACGAUACUGAGCCGGCCCGAGCCGCCCUCGGGCCUCGAGGUCAUGGAGUCGGAGAACUUCCGCCUGCAGUGCUUCAACACUCUGACGGGGAUCAAGUUCCUGCUCUUCACCGACACGAUGCAGGCGAACGUCGACGUGGCCAUGCGCAAGGUUUAUGAUCUGUAUUCCGACUACGUCAUGAAGAACCCUUUCUACCAGCUGGAGAUGCCGGUACGCUGCGAGACAUUUGACCGGAAGCUCAACUCGUACAUACGGGAGAUUAACAACUCUCGGUGA